CUGACAAUUUAACAGAAAUGUCAUUAUGUCAAUUUGAACAUGGAGAGUGUGAUUGUGGAUUGUGUCCUUAAAUGUUUAUUUAUUUGACUCAGUAGCGUUAAACAUAGUCUUUCAGAAUGAAUUCAGAGCCUGUUAUAAUAGAUGAUGAUGAUGUUGAUAAUAGUGCUGUAGUAAUAAUUGAUGAUGAUGUAAAAGUAAUUGAACGGAAACCUCCUUCGCCAAUCAUAAUAGAUGAUGAACCACACACAGAAACAAAGGACAGCACAGCAGAAAAAGCCUUUAUAACCAACCUUCGCAACAACAGUCUUAUGAACAAAAUAAUACAUACUUGUAUGAAUAUGCCAAACAACACUGGCAUGGAAAGAGUAAUCCAGAAAACUCUUGUACCUUUAUACAGAGAUACAAAUCCAAUAUUAAAAAGAUCAUCAAAGUUAACUAGCCUCUUAAAGAAGAUACAUAAGAUGUUGCUGCAGGAUCCCGACCAUAAGUUCUUGCAUAUAAAGACUUUGUGUGAAGAGCUAAAGUCGGGGAAUGUGAGAAAGAAAGUGCCUUUUGUUACAUUAGCUACUAACUUGAGAGAAAAAGAUAAAUAUUCAGACUCAACUGAUGCUCAGACCGACUUGUGGUAUAGUGGACCAAUUAGAGAAACAAACACAGGUACUACUGAAACAGAGGUAGAAGUAAUAGAAACUGAAGAGGAAAUCAACAAAAAUCCCAAAAGAAGAAAGAGAAAACAAAAUAUUAAAACACAAGGUAAAAAAAGAAAACCCAAGAGAGUAAUUGAAAAACAACAUAAAAAGAUAUGUAAAACUGAUAAGACAAAGACUGAUGUUAUAGAAUUAGACAAUUCUGAUAAUGAAAGUUGUAACCACGCUACUAGUGUAGAGGCAACUACCUCUAUUACAAGUGAAGGUUCUGAAAGAAUAUCCCCCAAUUCUUCUACUGGAGAAGAUUCUAAUAAAGAAAAUAAUGAUAGCACGGCCGAAAAAGAAAACAACGAAAGUAAACCAGGAAACGAAAGUAGUGGCUGUAAACCACAAAAAGAAAAUGAAUUAGAACAAGAUAACAACAAAUUUCAACACAAAAUUAAUACAAUCUUUUACGUUCAUGACUAUCCAGUAGUUCAGGAUCCUAGACUUCCCACAUGUAGUAUUCCAAUGCAGAAUCCGCCACUUAGCAUAAAUAAUACUGCUCCAUCGCAGAAUCCGCCACUUAGCAUAAAUAGUACUGCUCCAAUUCUGAAUUCACUUCUAACCGUAAACAGUGAUUCUAUGAUUCGGAAUCCAGUCCCCGAAAAUAAUAAUAUAUCUAAAACAGUAGCAGUCAUAGAAUAUAGUGCAUCAGCAAAUGAAAAUAAUCUGUGUUCGAAAGAUGGGGUUGACAUUGAGGUUCUAAUACCACAAACUCAUAUUGAAAAUGGAUGUAAAGUGUCAAAUGGUACUCCAAAUAGUAUUGAGACUGAAGAAACAUGUAGUAACAUUGACAUUGAGGUUCUAAUACCACAAACUCAUAUUCAAAAUGGAUGUAAAGUGUCAAAUGGUACUCCAAAUAGUAUUGAGACUAAAGAAAGAUGUAGUGAGAACGGAACUGUAACUAAGCAAUCUAGAGGUAAAAGGAAAUAUGGAGAAGUUCAAGAUGUUUUAGUUCCUGAAAACUGUAGGGAAAAUGGAUUACCAAUGGACCGAGUAGAAAGUGAAAAAGAUCAGAACCUUACAGUUGCCAAAAACAAAAUGGAAACUGAAAUAGUUAAGGACUUUGUAGUUCCUAAAAACCCCAGGGAAAAUAUAAUAGGUCAGGAUCUUUUGGUUCCCAAAAACCACAUAGAUAUGGUUGUCUCAGACGAUAAGCCAUAUGACCCUAAUAUUGUAGCCUUUCAUGAACGUUGUAUUGUGGCUUAUAAGCAAAAGCUAGCCGAAUUAGAGGAACAAGAAGUGACUGAUGAUAGUCCAAAAUGUUCCCCAUAUCUCCUGUGUGCCAAGCUCAAAGAGAAAAUUGUGGAGAGCUAUAAAAAAAUAUGUGAAAUCACAGGCGCUUCUGCUGCAAUCGCGAAAAGGUGUGAGAUCAGGCUGAAUGUGGCUGAGGGUCACCAUCCAGGGCCAGCCAAGCAACUGGAAAGGUUUCUUAACAGCACCAUCCGUGACGACGGCUUGAUUAAAUUCCCCGACUUUGAAGAAGUGCUACAAUGCGUGAAUACGUCAAAUAUAGGAGACCAACUUGGUUGGAGCUCUCAACAAAUUCUUAAAGAAGCCUCAGCAUUAUUCGUCCAGUGCGGGCAAGCGUUGCAGAAGCGGCGACAGAAGCGGGAGUACGAGGACCUGAUGAGCCUCGUGCGGGACAGGGAUCUAGAUGACGACGACCCGGCUGAGAAAGAUCCAUGGCUGCUCGCUAAACUUGAAGCAAAUAAACAAAUAGCCAAAUAUAAUGAAAAUGAUAUUCUAAACAGAUUUGCAGCAAUGGAAAAUCUGAGGUAUCCCGCCCAAGAAGGACUGUUCUGUGAGGAAGGUGCUGUGGUAUUCGAAUCUGACAAUGAUUCUAGCAACGAAAGUGCAUCUGAAGACUGUGAAGACUAUAUACCUGUAAAUGAAAUUACAAGCAUACAUGAUACGCAAGAUACUCCUACAAGUGACCAUGCUGAAGAUACAAUUGAUAUAAGGUGUAGAACACCUAGUUUAUUGAAAACACUUUUAUUCGAAAGUGCUACGGAAUAUAACCAAACAAAUAAUAGCAUUCGUGUUUUAAAUGGAUCGUCGUUUAAAAACAGUGCCUUAUUGAAUUCUUCAUCGCAACCUAGUUUAGUAAACAGCAAUAUCACCAAAAGUGUUCAAAGUGUACAGAGAGAGACAAACGUCAAUACUUCAUCUCCAACAUCAGAUAAUGUUGGAAACUCAUCACCAGUAGAUGUUAAAAAUGUACCACAACGUACCGAUAAAAGCUUAGCUAUAAAUGUUACAGAUAAAGAAGUAGUAAGUAAGGAUAAUAAAAAUUGUGAAAUAGAUAAUAUAGUUGAAGAAAACGUUAGUGUAACUAACAUUAAAAAAGAAAAGGAAUCUAUAAAAAUAAACUUCAGUGAACCGAUAGACAGUAUAAGUUUUAUACCAAAUUGUAAUAAUUCUAGUACUAAUACUGAUUGUAUAGAAUCUAAUAUUAAAACAGAACCUACUGUAAAACCUGAGCGGUUAGACGUUCAAGCAAUGUUAAAUGAGCUUGGUGAUAAUUUUGAAUGUACAGUGUUUGAUAUUGAAGACCCUUUCCUAGUCAUAGAAAUUUCUUCCGACGACUAUUCAGAUGAUGACGACUUAUAAUUAAAGUUUUUGUUUUUA